UAUAUAUCGGAUAAACACGUCUUCAAACCUUGCUUUCGUCUUCUGGUUACCCUAUUCUCUCUGUGUCAGUGUGUGUGUGUGUGAAGUCUUCCGGAUAUCUUUAUGCAUCGGAGCUCCAAGGUUUUUGGGGGAAAAUUUUUCCAUGGAAAACUUAUUAUUUUCCCGAGACCUUUCUGUUCUUUAGACUCCACCGCAUCAACCCUAACCUCACACUCCCUCACCAUCCCAAUUCUCAAAGAGCUCGUAUCAAAGCAACACUGGUCAGAGGUCAAGAUCCACCUCAAAGAAACAGAUCCCACCGCGCUUCUCUGCCGUUUGCUUAGCUCAAAUGCCGAUCCAGAGAUCAUUCUCAGGUACUACAACUGGUCCCAGAAAGAGCUCAGAAUCUCACACCCUCUUGAACUCUCUUUUGGGCUGCUACACUCGUUAGCCACUGCCAAAAAGUACUCCAAAAUCAGGGCUUUCUUACACAAAUUUGUUCAAGACGAGAACUUGCACUCGAAUUCUUCUAUUUUUCAUGCACUUUCAAUUUGCAGUAACAAAUUCUGUGCUAAUUCGAUAAUAGCCGAUAUGUUAGUGUUAGCCUAUGUGAGAAAUUUGAGGACCCGUUUGGGUUUUGAGGCGUUUAAGCGAGCUGGGGAUUAUGGGUAUAGGUUAUCUGUGUUUUCGUGUAACCCGCUAUUGAGUGCUUUGGUCAAGGAUAAUGCAAUUGGGGAUGUGGACUAUGUGUAUAAGGAGAUGAUGAGAAGGAGGAUUGAGCCUAAUGUGAUUACAUUUAAUGUUGUGGUUAAUGGGUUGUGUAAGGUUGGGAAGCUGAACAAGGCUAGGGAUGUGAUUGAGGACAUGAAGGCAUGGGGCAUUCCGACAAAUGUGGUUACAUAUAAUACUCUUAUUGAUGGGUAUUGCAAGAUGGGUAGGGUGGGAAAAAUGUAUAAGGCUGAUGCCAUUCUGAAGGAGAUGGUGGAAAAUAAAGUUUGCCCAAACGAGGUUACCUAUAAUAUUUUGAUUGAUGGAUUCUGUAAGGAUGAGAAUGUAUCGGCUGCAAAAAAGUUGUUUGAAGAGAUGCAAAGACAGGGCUUGAAACCCAAUGUUGUCACAUGUAAUUCUCUGAUUAAUGGGCUGUGUUGCGAUGGAAAGCUUGAUGAGGCCAUUGAGUUAUGGGAUGAAAUGCUGGGCUUGGGUUUGAACCGAAAUGUUGUUACUUAUAACGUGCUUAUGAAUGGGUUUUGUCAGAGGAAGAUGAUGAAGGAAGCUAGAGACUUGUUUGAUGAUAUGAGGGAACAUGGGUUGGCUCCCAAUGCUAUAACAUUUAAUACAUUGAUUGAUGCUUAUUGCAAGAAUGGGAUGAUGGAGGAAGCAUUUGUGCUGCAAAGUUCCAUGUUAGAGAAGGGGGUUUUCCCAUGCACUUCAACCUAUAAUUGCUUAAUUGGAGGUUUGUGUAUAAAUGGGGAUAUAAAAGCAGCCAGAAAGCUUAUAUUUGAAAUGGAGGAUAAGGGACUGAGAGCUGAUCAUAUAACAUAUAAUAUUUUGAUAGGUGCAUUAUGCCAGGAAGGGGAGUCAAGAAAGGCUGCAAAACUCUUGAAUGUGAUGUUUAAGGUGGGUUUGAGCCCAAGUCAUGUGACAUACAAUACUUUGAUGGAUGGCUUCUGUAUGGAAGGUAACCUCAAGGCAGCCCUGAAUGUGAGGAUGCAAAUGGAAAACAAAGGAAGGCGGGCAAAUGUUGUUACUUACAAUGUACUAAUUAAAGGAUUUUGUAGAAAGGGCAAGUUGAAAGAUGCAAAUGGACUUCUUAACGAGAUGUUGGAAAGGGGUUUGAUCCCAAAUCGGACUACUUAUGAAAUAGUAAGAGAGGAAAUGAUGGAGAAAGGUUUUAUUCCGGACAUAGAAGGGCAUCUGUAUAAUGUCUCUAUCAGCUCUUGACCUCUCUAUCAGCUCUUGACCAUAGAAGUGAGAACUGAACUAUUAUAACCAUCACCGAUGUAUCAUGGGAUGCAACUAGA